AUGAUCCAUGAGAGCUUCAAGCAGUACUAUGAUUCCGAUGCUUUUCCAAAGCAACAAGGAAGAACGGCACCAGAACAAGAUGCAAACUAUUGUUCUAAUGAUACCGAUCAAAUCAACACCGAGGGCGGCAUCUGCUAUGUCGAUCCAUCCUCCCCCAAAACGAGCAAUUAUAUAAGGAGGAAGAGAAGAACAUUUGUUGGAGGGAAGUUGGAAGAGUGCCCGAACAACUACAAAUUCAUUUCCAAGCAGCGGUUGAACCACCUGGAGCAGACAGAGGCCAAUCAUCAACCGAUCAAGAAGGCGUGCAAGAGGAAGAUCUGCCACGUGGAUGAGCAAAUGAAAUUCUUUCUCGGAGCAGUUGCAAGUCUGUGUGUUCAGGUCCCCGAUGUUGCUUUUGAGACGAUCACAUUUACAGCUGCCAUUGUUUUCGCAAACAACCUAAAGCUUAUAGACUUCGGCUGUCCGCAAAAAUCCAUGAUGAACCACAUUCAAAUCUUGAGAAUGAUGCCAAGUCGAACAACAUGCACCAGAUAUACACGACGCUUUGCAGCUCACAAUGUCAUCUUUCAAGGUGCCCUGAUGCUUGGGGCCACUGCACUUUUUCUUGGAGCAGACAAAGGCGGCGGCAGUCUGGUGAAGAAAGUCUACCUUUGGUUUCAGGGGCUAAUUUACGACGUGGAUCUUGAUUUUGACGGUUCUGGAGAGGAUGCGGCAUCAUGUGGAGAUGCUUGCUAUCAUUCGUUCUUAAAGUUUGUCUUCGGCGACAAUAAGCAUAGCCAGCUGAAGGGCAUUGUCAAGGGUGGAGGAAGCGAUAGCGGUGGUGGUUUCACAAACGGGAAAAUGAAGGAAGAGCUUGUGAGAAAGGGCUUGGCUAACGAGAAUGAAUACAUUCACUGCCCAUGCACCUCGCACAAUGACCAGACCAAUCUUCGAAAUGCUACUGAAAGCAUCUUUGGUGAAGGUGGAAUUGAGAAAAGGAAUGUUAUGCAACUAUUGCAUGCGCUUUCAGACUUCCAAAACGAUUUUUCUGACAAAGACCAAUACUUAGAUCUGCUAGAAGCUGCACAUCAUGAUAAAUUUCCCGACAAAGCAACAGUGCCAAAGGAUUUGCUUUGA